UAUUUUUAGUUUAGUUUUAUACAUUUACAUCCCGCACUGAAUGUAAACCAGGGCGGAAAUCAGUUCCGGCGGCUUCGCGCAUGCGCGAUUCAUUUUCAGUCUGGACGCGGAGGGGUGAACAUCUCCUCUGACUGCUGCGAGAGGACUGGGCCGCAUGUGAGUGCUUUGGGACGGUGUGGGGCCCACGGCAGCACCCGCUGCUCGUUGAGAAGAGUAAGAACGAUACGUGCUUUCACGUCAGUCUCCAAUAACACCAGAAAAAGUCGCUAGAUUUGUCGCUAGUCGCUUUUUUGAAAAAGUCUCGCUAGAGGGGUCUGAAUACUCGCUAAAUAUAGCGACAAAGUCGCUAAGUUGGCAACACUGCCCACAUUAGCUAAACAUGAAUAUACUAUAACCACAUUUCAUAUGCGUGUAUUACUAGCACAGAUGUAAACAUAAUCAGAUAAGAGAGAUCGGUUCCCAAUUUAGCCUUAACAUUAAGGUCUAACGUUAACUUACACAGCGACAACUGCCUUGUUCAGGGGCAGAACGACAGAUGUUUACCUUGUCAGCCCGGGGAUUUGAUGUCGUUUACCGGCCCAACGCUGUAACCCACAAGGCUACUUGCCUCUCCUGAAACCACCUACUUUGGCCGAGAACCAAUCAACAGAAUCAGGGCAGAACCUUCAGUGGACCAGCAUGGGUUGAAGGGGGGUUCAAUAUGUCUGGUUGUUCCAGAACCUCCUGAGAUGAUCAAAGGACUUCAAUGGAGGAAGGACAGUGAUGUAAUAUUUGGAGACAAAGAGAUCUCUCCUAAAUACAAGGAUAAGGUGGACUAUAACAAUGAUAACCAUUCUCUGUGUAUUAAGAAUCUAAUGGAAACUGACAGUGGAAUUUACAUGGUAAACUACAGGAAACAUUGGAAACAAUCAACUACUACAUAUAGACUGUUAGUGGAGGAUCAUGUUCCCAAACCAGUCAUGGAUGUCACAUCUCUCAACACAAGUGUGGGACUCUGUGAUGUCACAGUGAACUGUUCAGUUAAAGAUGGCUGGAUGUUGUCUGUCUGUGACAGCGGUCAGUGUACACUGUCACAACAGUCUCCGUCACUAACCGGUGGUAACAUGACCAUCUCCGUAUUGACUGGAAGGAUCCAAUGCACCAGCAGCAACCACGUCAGCACACAGACCAUCUCUCAACCCAUGGAGGACUGUAGUGGUAAUGUGAAAGCCUCAGUGUUACCAGUUGGCACCAUUGUGGGCUGUGUUACUGGUAUAUUACUCCUAGUUGCUGUGUUACUUGGUGUUGGAUACAUCAAACAUACCAGAAGACAGAAAAUCCCUAAAGAACAAAGUCCACUAGAAGAGGUCAUUGUUCCAAGAGUUUACAACUCAGUGAAGACCUCACCAGGGAGAGAAGAACCACAGCAUCUCCUUACCAGAACCACAGCCCUGUCCUGACCAGAACCACAGCACUCUCCUGUCCAGAACCACAUCACUCUCCUGUCCAGAACCACAUAUAUAUACAUUUUUAUAUUCCAUUUCAUGGAAGUUUCUUUAUCCAUGAAAUGAAGUGGGUGGAGAACAAACCCCUCUUCACAUUGUUACAGAUAGAAUUGAACCAUUAUUUUGAAAUGAUCAGUAAAAGUGGAAAUACAAAAAAGCAAUAUGUAUCAUAAAAUGUUUUGACAAACUGAAAAUGUAUCUUGACAUGUAGUACCCGUCUGUUAGUUCUUCUCACUGGUGGAUUUGGUGGUAUCCUGUAUAGCUUCCUGCAUUUACUCCCAGCAAGCACAAAACCCUUCAUAGAGUUGGUCCAUACUGACUGUCUCUGUCAUUUUGAGGGAAAACACCUGCUCCAGAUCAGUGAAGGAGAGGUUUUGUUGCAUGUUUAUCCAUAUUUCGUUGAUAUGCCAAACCGAGAGAACAACAACAGAAAUUACUUUGCAGGAAUUGGCGUGUUUACUGUGAUUUGAUGAAUAUACGGGACAAGGGAGGUCCCGUAUGGGACAAACCAAUUUAGCCCAAUAUAAGAGCCAUCCCGGCUAAUACGGGACAGUUGGCAACCCUAUUUGACGUUUUCAAAUUAAACUCUCAUUUAACGUGUGAAA